UUUGCAUCUCCCUUUUCUCUUCCUGGCUCUUCUUCCUACCAUAACACUAAUCUAGAGCACUGUAUCUGGAGUCACGGCAGCAUAGGACCGAGAGCAGUUGUGGCUGGUCAAAGAGAACCUGAUGGUGAAGCUUCAGGCUUGUUGUCGAGGCUGUCUUGUUUGUCAGGAAUUCAACUCCAGAAUGAGGUUUUUGAAGAAGCAAGUUCCAGCCAUCACUUGCAUGCAGUCCCAGUGGCGUGGCUAUAAACAGAGGAAGGCAUAUCAAAUCCGUUUGGAUUACUGACGAGCACGCAAGGACCAAGAAGUGAAGAUUCAGUGACUGGCCAGGAUGUAUCAAGCCAGAAGGCAUUGCAGAGAUCACCUGCAAUAUUUCAGAGACCACAUAAAUGACGUUACAAAAGCUCAAGCUUUUAUCGGAGGAAACAAAGCAGGAGAAGACUACAAAACCCUCAGUGAUCCUGCUCCAGCAGGGGGAUUGGACGAGAUGAUCUUUGGAGGUCCCUUCCAGUUCCUGACAUUCUGUGAUUCUGUGCAAACUUGGUUCACGGUAGUACUUUUGCUGCUGGGAAAUAGGAGCGCUGAUCUUUGGAAGUUCCGGAUGCUGUCAGGAGUUAUUCAAGCCCAUUGGUGUUAAUUUGACCCUGGACUGGCUGCUGCUUGACAUGCUGUCUGCACAGAGAUUUUCAGGAGGAGCUGGAGCUAAUGAAACUGUGUGGGGAAGUUGUGAGCUUGAUCCGAUCUAAUCAACAGCUUGAAAAUGACCUCAAUCUCAUGGACAUCAAGAUUGGACUGCUAGUGAAGAACAGAAUGACACUGCAGAAAGAGAACUGCAGCAGAAACAUCAAGGCUUCAAGUGUUUUAAAAACAAAGCACCAGAAAAGAACCCACUCGGGACCAAGGGAAAGCAAUAGAUGGAUGUUGUUUCUCAUAGCAAAAAUCUUAGCAGGAAGAACAAGGAACAGCUCUGUGACGUGAUGACGCUGAACGAGCAAAAGGGGGGUUUGAAAGCUUGGAGCAAAGAGGAGAGGGAAAAGCUGGAAGCCUAUCAGCAUCUUUUCUACUUGAGACUGCUCCAACAUACUUGGCCAAGCUGCUUUUGCAGAUGCCUCAAAACAAACCCACAAAGUUCAUGGAUUCAGCCAUCUUCAUGCUGCAUAACUACGCAUCCAGUCAGAGAGAGGAAUCUCUGCUGUUGCGGCUGUUGCAAACAGCAUUGCAGGAAGAGAUCAAUUUUGAGAUGCGCUCUUUCAACCGUGGUGCCCGUGGUCAGAACGCACUGAGGCAGAUCUUGGCCCCCGUUGUGAAGGAAAUAAUUGAGGACGAAUCGCUCAACGUCAGAACGGAUCCGGUGGAUAUUUACAAGUCCUGGGUUAACCAGAUGGGAUGUCAGAAUGGUGAGGCCGGGAAGAAAAGCUUGAUGUCUGUGCCAAGGGAGACGUACACCGCACUUGCGCUGCCUGGACGAUGUGGAAACUGGAAAUUCUGGGGUGUGCUGAAGCGUGCCCUCUCAGCUUUCGCUCGUGGAAGAACAGAGCAAAGUGACAAGAAACAGCUGCGAGUUCAAGGAAUUGUCUACCUUGUUCUGAUCUCCUGCCAGUUCCAGCUUGUCGUGCCUGCUGUGAUGGGCGUCGCGUGCAGCGAGAUCAGCUGUGGGCCUGACAUGACACGGAUGGAGGCUGAGAACAACGGGAAGCCCCUGCUGGUCCGUGAGGAGUCAUCUCUUAAUAUCCCAGCUAUUGCUGCUGCCCACGUUAUUAAGAGAUACGUUGCCCAGGCACCGGGUGAACUCUCCUUGGAGGUGGGAGACCUCGUGUGCGUCAUCGAUAUGCCGCCUCAGGAGCUGAGCCCCCGCUGGAGAGGCAAGCACGGCUUUCAGGUUGGAUUUUUCCCUGGGGAGUGUGUGGAGCUCAUUAACGGAAAAAUCCCGGGGUCUCUCAUCAAUUCAGUGCCAAAGCCAG